UGUAUAAAAGCAGAGCAGUAGUCCACCAGCAGACAGACAUGACAAUGCUGAAGUGUGUGGUCCUUGCGUUUCUUGUAGCUGGUGUCUACAGCUGUGGGGUACAAGAUGUACCCCCCCUUCUUUCUAGGGUCGUUGGAGGAGUGGAUGCACGACCAAACAGCUGGCCAUGGCAGAUCUCUCUACAGUACUCAAAGAAUGGAGACUGGGCCCAUACCUGUGGAGGAACCUUGAUUGCUACCAACUGGGUGCUGACAGCUGCCCACUGCAUCAGCAGCAGCAGGACAUACAGGGUGGCACUUGGCAAGUACAACUUGAAGGACAAUGAGCCAAACUCUGUUGCAAUUGACGCUGAAAAGAUCUUUGUCCAUGAGAAGUGGAACUCACUCUUCAUCAUAAAUGACAUCGCCCUGAUAAAACUCAAGGAACACGUCACCCUCAGCACCAGCAUCCAAACGGCAUGUCUCCCCCUCGAUGGUCUCGAGCUGCCUAAUGAUUACCCUUGCUACAUCACUGGAUGGGGGCGUAUCUAUACCAAUGGUCCCCUGGCUGAUAACCUUCAGCAAGCCCUACUGCCUGUGGUCAGCUACGACAUCUGCAGCAAAUCAGACUGGUGGGGUGGCACUGUUAAGCGCACCAUGGUCUGUGCAGGAGGAGAUGGACUGCUCUCGGGAUGCAAUGGUGACUCUGGUGGUCCUCUUAACUGUCAGAAUGCUAACAGGGCCUGGGAGGUACAUGGCAUCGUCAGCUUCGGGUCUGGCCUGAAGUGCAACAUGGCAAAGAAGCCAACCGUAUUUACCCGGGUGUCAGCCUACAUUGACUGGAUCAACGCUAUAAUGACAAGCAACUGAAAGAAAAAAGAGUCACAGAUCAAUCAAGUUCUGCAUUUCAACUAACUGAUGACAUCAAUGGAGCAAGACUUGUAAAUUUAAGGAGUUUGCAAUGCCUGACCCUUGCAAUAAAGAUAAUUGAUUCACCAUAAAC